AUGGGGCGCCUGCAGCUCUUCGAGAUCCGGUUGAGCCAGGGCCGCGUCGUCUACAGCCCGGGAGAGCCGCUGGUCGGAACCGUUUGCGUGCGCCUGGGCGCACCUCUGCCCUUCCGAGCCAUCCGAGUGACCUGCACUGGAUCCUGUGGGGUUUCCAACAAGGUUAACGAUGCCACGUGGGUGGCAGAGGAGGGAUACUUCAACAGCUCCCUGUCGCUGGCCGACAAAGGGAACCUACCUGCUGGAGAGCACAACUUCCCCUUCCAGUUCCUGCUUCCUGCUACAGCACCCACGUCCUUUGAGGGGCCUUUUGGGAAGAUUGUACACCAGGUGCGUGCUACCAUCGACACAUCCCGCUUCUCCAAGGACCACAAGUGCACACGUGUGUUCUACAUCCUCAGCCCCCUGAACUUGAACAGCAUUCCUGACAUUGAGCAACCCAACGUGGCCUCAGCUACCAAGAAGUUCUCUUACAAGCUGCUGAAGACUGGAAGUGUGCUCCUCACGGCCAGCACUGACCUUCGAGGCUACGUGGUGGGCCAGGUGCUGCAGCUGCAGGUCAAUAUUGAGAACCAGUCGGGCAAGGACACUGGCCCUGUGGUGGCCACUCUACUGCAGAAAGUGUCCUACAAGGCCAGGCGCUGGACCUACGAUGUGCGGACAGUCGUGGAGGUGCAGGGUGCAGGGGCCAAGGCCUGGAGGCACUCCGAGUGGCAAGAGCAGAUCCUGGUCCCAGCGCUACCUCAGUCUGUGCUUCCAGGCUGCAGCCUCAUCCAUGUGGACUACUACCUACAGGUCUCACUGAAGUCUCCUGAGGCCACCGUGACCCUCCCAGUCUUUAUUGGCAAUAUUGCUGUGAACCACACCCCGCUGAAUGCCUUGCCAGGCCCUGGGUCUCUGCCUUCCCAGGUGGUGCCCUCGGCACCACCACAGGAGGAAGUGGAGAUGGCCAGCCCCACCUCCUUGGUGGACCCCAGAGUUGACCUGUCCACCGAGGACUACUUGCAGCCAUCACCUUCUGCCCGGUUCAGCUUUGUGCCUGGUGCCCUUGAACCCUGCAGUCCCACGCCCCACCCUCUGCCCCCUCCCCUGUGCAUCUCCACAGGGGCCAUGGUCCCUUAUUUCAUGGAUGGGCCUGAGGGGUCAGUAGCUGCCACUGGUACCCUGAUCCUCCCGCCAGAGUACUGUGCAUGGGGCUACCCCAAUGAGGCCCCGCCAUCCUACGAGCAGAGCUGUGGACGUCCGGACCCUGGCCAGAGCCCCCGGAGCUGA